AUGGAUCAGAUUGAGCUUCAUCCCAAAAAGCAUCCGAUUUUUGCGAAAACACUAGAAGAAGCAAGAGAACUGAUUUUGAAAGAGCAACAAGAAAAAGAGAAAGUAAAGAAGAUGGAAGAGAGGGCGCAGGCAACACUAAAUGAGAGGCUUAUUAAGUAUAGCAUAAAACAAGAACUAAAAACAAUUCAGAAAAAAACACAGGAGACACCAAAUAUACUUUUUUGGAUGCCAUGUGGGCAGAACAAGAGUGUUAUACAAAAUAACUCCUUGCAUCUAUUAAAGAAAGAAAAAUUCGCACAUUUAAUGCAAAAAACAAAAGACGCGCUAAUGGAUUGCAUAUUUAAAGAAACACAUACUUUUAACUGUGUGCAGGCAUCUAACUACACGCCAAUAAGUAUGAACACACGGAAUGAGCUUAUUCGACUACUCCAGAGGUUUGGGGUCAAACUAAUGAAAGCCAACUCCCCAGGCAAUGGAAUACUCAAGCAUGCAGAAUUUGAUUUACCUACGCAGAACCAGAUGUACAUGUGUGAGUUUAGCCGUUCUUUAAAGAAUAUAUAUGAGUGGGAAGAUGCAAUAUUAGAAAUUAACAGUGCCGUGAUGAAGUUACCUAUAACUAAUUCAGGGGAUACGUACAGUCUGAUUGAAAUAGAAGAUAUUCUAUUGAAUGACAUGAUUAUAUCAUACAAAAAAAUACGUAGUAACAUUUCUAAAAUGGCAGAUAUUAUUAAUAGUAGUAAAUGGAAAAGCUAUAGAACAUAUACUAUGAUCAGCAUGGUAGAAAAGGCAAAGCAGUUAGAAGCAGAAAUUAACUACAAAUUAUUCAAAUGGAUUGAUUUCUUUAUGUUUAUGAUAGAAAAAAACAUAAUAUCAGAGUGCGCCAAUUCAAAAUCUAUUCGGAAUAUUCUUUUAAAGUUGCUAGAAAUGCAUAAUAAUCAGCGCAAUACCAGCGAGGUUUCUAUGCAGCCAAUACAGCCUUCAGAUGAAGACUUUGAUGUAAAGAGCGAAGAGUUAUCUGAAAUGCACGAAUUUGAAUGUGAAUUAAAAAAAAGAACUGAUGACUUAAACGUUGAAUUUCAGGUAAAAUAUCCGAACUUUAAUGCAUCGCUUCUGACAUGUGAUGAAAACAGCAUUCCUAAAAAUGUAACUGUAAACUUAAAUGAUGUAUUCAAGAAAAUAUUCCCAACAGUAGAAGUUCUUGCAAAAUUACCAACUUCUCGGUCACAAGUUCCAGAAAUCGCAGCUUAUAUGAAAAUUCACAGGAUAGAGUAUGAAAGAAACUUUUUGCAAACUGAGUUUGUUUUCUGGGAGUGCUCGGCCAGUGCAAUACAUCUUAUAUGCAAUAUAUUGGAUGAAUACUUUACUUCUGUGCAGUAUAUUAGACUAACCAACUGUGACAUUACAAAUGAUGUUCAAAGGAUGAUUUCUAUUCCCAUUAUGAGAAAAGUCAGAAGAUUAAGCAUUAUAACAGGCAUGGAAAUGAAGGAAGCAUAUGAUGCUAUUAAGGAUGCUUUGCCGGCACUAGAAAUGCUUCAAAUAGAGAAAGACCCCCAAGGCAUAAACAGCGCCUUGCCAGCAGAAUAUAAACAGGAUACUUUAGCAAUUUUGGAAGCAAAAAAACAAAUUCAGAGAUGCUUAGAUAAAAGCAAGGCAGACUAUACGAAUAUUUACGAAAACAGAGGGGUCUAUUGGGAUAUAAAUAAUUCAAAUGAUAUUACUCCGGAUCUAAGCCAGAAUAGAUUCGAAGAAUCCGGGGGUUUACUGCCUAUUUUAUCAUCUGAAAUAUACAUGGUUAUUAUGAAGCUGUUUAAGGAGUAUCCAAACAUGUUAAGCAAAACUGAUUUUAUAAGUCUUUUCGGGUUAAUAGCAAGAUUGGCAAAUAAUAGACACAAUAUAUAUUAUGAAAAUAUAAUGAAAAAAGAUCAAGCUUUCUAUAAAAUUGAUACAAUCAGAAAUUAUCUAUGUGAUCUGGAGAAAUUAUGCAAAAAAAUAGAGAAAGAUAACUACACAAUUAUUGAAACCAUUGAUAUAGAAGCCAUAAAAAAAUUAAAAUCAGAUGUAUUAAAUUAUAUAAAAAGUGAUAUAAAGUACCAUAUAAUUAAGUAUAGUGAUCUAGACAGUAUAUCCGAAAAUCCUGAAAUUAAUAUUACAGAUGGUAUAGACUGCGCUGGGCACUUGCAGAUACAUAUGGAUGCACUGCCGGAGAAUUAUGAAAAAAGCGAAAAUAAGAAUCUGUAUUCAUCAUUGGAAAAUAUACAGAAGUGGCUAGAAAUACUAAAACAGAAAAGACAGAAUGUUUUUAAGCUUAACAAAUAUGCAACAAUGAUGUAUUAUAAGGUUAAAAAAAUGCAUAUUGGCAUAAAAUCAUAUAUAACGAAGCAUAAAAACAGUCAUUUAGGCGUUUCAUUAAACGGUUCUACCGAUAAAAGAAAUAUAAUUGGGCACAAUCAAAUGCAUUUCCUUUUGAAAUGCCACAUACCGCGCUUAAAAGAAUUCAAUAGAGAACUGAGUUCCAUGUUAACGGAUUGGCAGAUGAUAGAAUAUAUGGAAAUGUAUACAAAGGAUGUAGAAACAAAAAAUCAGCAGAAAACUUAUGAAAAAACUCCCAGACAAAAAGAACUAUCACCCAAACACAACUCAAAGAGCAACGAUUUAGAGGGACAUUCCAGUGGUGUAUCAAGCACUAGUGGGCAGACAACAGAUAAUAAGAAUGACUUACUUGAGAAAAAUUCAUCAACCAUCAGAAUAGACAAUUUCCUUCUAGAGUUUAUGUUUCCGAGUGAGAAUGAUUUGUGCACAGAAUUUUUAUACAGUUUGCAUCAUACUUUGAUGAGCUUGGUUCCUACGCAUUGUAGAAACUUUACAGUGGCAUUGGGAAUAAGGGAGGUCUGUGAUAAAGAAAACUACAAAGUGUAUUUGCAGAAACUCACUGAGUUCUAUGAGGCAAAAUCAAAGAAAGGCAUAAUAGACUAUCUGAAAUAUGUGAAGAUAAUUGUGCAGGCAAUUAAUUUGGAAGUAAGUUAUGAAGUAGUAAUGGAAGAUUUAAGCAAACUUACUAGAGUGCCUUAUACUAUGCUAGACAUACCAAAAUUUUACUUUACUGGCCUCUCAAAUGUCGUUGAUCAGAGCAGUAUAAUUCCCAGGAUGGUUAUUAGUAAUAGUACACUCAGAAGGUAUUUAUACGGCAGGUUAAUGGCAGGAGAGCUAGAAACGUACAAGAACUACACAGAAAAUCCUACUUUAAGACAGAUGUACACUAGGCUAAUGGCACUAAACCAAGUAAAGUCCCCACUGCAGAUUGUUGAAUUAGAUUGUAUAGAAGAUUCCUACAAUUGCCCGAUUUGCCAGUCUUCUUCUCUUAUAAAAGAAAAUAUAGAAAUAAGCAAAACACACGCAGAGAAUCUAAAAAAAGUCCUUUUAAAACUAGAAAAAUACAAGCCAAGCAUGAAUUCCCGAUCUAAGGAAGAAAUAAGUCUUCACGAAAAGAUCAGAAUAGCCGAAGAAUAUGCUGCAUUUGCCAUAGACACACAGAAUUUACUAGCCAGCCUUUCAACAGCCGACAUAGAAAAAAUACUAAAUUUAGCCAUGGAUAUAUACAAAAUGCCAGAAAAUAAAUUGAUAAAUAAGUUCAAUUUAGAAAUAAAUGGCGAACACCCAUUCAAAAAAAACACACGUCAACAUCUAAGUGAAAUAAAAAAAAGUCGUAUUCUUGCCAGAAAAGAAAAUAUCACAAAAAAACUACUGAACCACAUUAAUCUAACAGAGAAAAACAGACGAAAGUUAGAGAAAUUAGAGAUAGAUGAUAUGUGGGAGGUUGCGUGGUUCUUAUCUGACAUACUUGAUGAUAAUUAUAUAGAGAGCUGGAAGAACUAUACGCCGAACAAUUAA